CAGAACUAACACCUCGUUUUCAUGCUCCUCUGUGUGCCGGAUUUUCCGACGUUGUUGCACAUGGCCGGUGUCUCCAGGCCGCGACCACACGCCCUAAUCAGAUAAAAAGCCGAUUGCGUGCUUUGCAGUUUCCCGUUUCCGCUUCCAUUUGCGCCUCUGUGCAGAUGUCUUAAAAAUAGAAGAUCCGCUGUCUCCUGGUGUGUCCGUUUUCAUGUGCAAUUGCAAGUUCUGCGGCCAUCUCUCUCGUCCGUGUGGCGCGUGGCUGGGGGAAGCGAAACGGAGCGCUAGCCGUUUUUUUGCUGGAGAGGAAGCGGACAAACACACACAGCGGGUGUGUUGUCAGUCGUUCAUAUUUCACGGGGAGAUCCAUAAUUUCUGCCUUGCGGGCUUCUGGUCAAUCUCAGCCUUCUUCCCUCUGUCGGUGUGCACAUCCAGAAGGCGCCGCCAAGGCAUCGAAGAAGGCGAACCGUGUUCACUCUGUCCAGACAGAAGCAGCCUUCAUUCUUCCAGGCAACAUGAAGAUACAUCCGCCAUCUUUGCCUUGCCGUUUCCCGCGAUGCUUCUGAGUCAGAUUCGGGGCGUCUGCGUUCCGAAGACCUGCGAGUAGUAGAGGAGAAGUGACUCGAAGCAUUUGGAACAGUAGUGGCAGCAUGACCCAAAACAGUUUACGGAGGGUGGGAAGCGUGGAACAUUUCUUGGACGAUUCUGCCGACCCCCGCGGCCAAGAGAUCCGUGGAGCGACGCAGAAGAACGACAUGCAGAACCUGGACGGGCGUGCAUGACUUCGACACGGUUUCUGCAGACGUCCCAAGGAGUCUGAGGACCCAGCCUCGAGACAGGCAGAACAGAAACUCUCACCUUAGAGUGCCAAGCUGAAAGAGGUACAAACCGUGCGACAGCGGACGAUGUUUGUGGCGCACACUGCUCUCCUGAAAAAAAAGAUGAAGUCUGCUCGUACGCCGCAGUGACGAAGUCAAAGACCCUGGCUCUUCUCCUCCGUGUGGCGUCUUUCGCUCAAUCCUGUUUUCGCCUCCCUCGACAGCAGCAAGACAGAGUUCUCCUGCCUCACCUUUGUUUCCACUUUUCCCUUUUCCAACAGAGACAACACUCAGCUCCGACCGUUUCCUGCUUCCCCUUUCCCAGUUCCUGGAGACCGGGCAGAUCUCCGGCGCGUAGUCGGAGGUCGCUGCGGAAGUCGACGGCGCGAUUCCCGGGCCGGGCAGAGAGUUUCUCUUGCCUGGAACUGAGUGUCGAUACAUCGCAAGGUUUGUGCAGUGCACCCUGUCAACCGCCGUUUCUCUCGAACUCCGAGUUCAAUUAAAGUCUCACGUCCUGCAUGCAUCCAGGCGGUCGCCCCGCUCAUCUCCUCACACUGAAGAAGCGACGAAACCUCCUUGACGUAACUCCUCUUUGCCCGGACACGACUUAGACUGUCACACGGCUGCUCAGGCUUCUCGCCUCAAGAUCCGCUCACGAAGACGGAGACUUCAGUCGAGGGAAGACGGCAGCCGGUGCUCCAGCUUCUCGAGUGUCUAUGCGUUCGUUUUUCACUCUUUCGACUGCGGCCCAGAAUUCUUUCUUUUUCAGAGCGCGACAACGUCUCGUCUCAGUCGGACGAGGUCCGCAGGUUCCCGCGUGGUUGACUCGACAGGUGCGUCCGACAGUCGCGUCGCCUUCAGCCUUCCUCAGACCGCGCGCAAGCCUUCAGACGCCAGAGCCCGCAGGACUUGUUGCUCCCCAUCCGGCGCCUUCGGUGCCGCGCCUCCAUCCGGAGUUGGGAGGGAACCGCCGUUUGCAUGUGCCCGUGAGUCUCGGAUAGGCGCGCCAGGUGGCUGCGCGGCGGCGUCGUGUCACCCGGCAGUCGAGUGCAGAGCUCGUGGAGGAGAAACGAACGGCGAGCACGAAGCGUCAAGCAGGUGGGUGUCGCCAGCGGGUAGAACAGCCUUCCCUUUCCGCUUUUGAGGAGAUUCCUCAAGACGCAGGACUGUUGGAGAGGCACCGAGUGAUGCACGGAGGCCCCUGCGCCUCCCCGCCUUGCCGAACACAGCGAGAGAGACGCGGCAGAAGUCACAAUGACGCCUUCUUCUCCGCCUUCUCGCAGAGCGCCUCCUCGAGUGCAGAGAGGAGAAAUUGCUGGAGAGACGGCAGGCAUGUCCGGGUCUCGUCCGGACCUCAGUGCCGUGGCGCCAGCGCCUCCGACGCGCCUUCUCGCCAGCUCGUCGACCCCCCCGGGGUCUCCCUCUCUUGACGCGAAAGGAAAGAGGAUGCUCGCUUCCUCCCCGUCCUCGCCUGCCCCGGCGACGCCCUCCCGAGACAGAAGGGUGGUUUUCGUGUACGCCCUGCUGUUUCUCGACGUCAUCAUCAUCGGCAGCACAUCGGCUCAACACUCGUUCAAUCCCGCGUCUCUCAUCGACAAAGUCCUCCUCACGCAUGCAUCCUUCCCCUCGGCUCCGAGCCUCGAGGCCGACGCCGCCGACCUUCCCUUCCAUCGUCUCCUGCCGCACUCUGUGAAGCGCGAGCUCGGUCUCGCCUGCGUCUGUGGGUGGGCCGCUCUCGUCGUCCUCGGCAUCCUCACGCUGCUCUGCUCCACCAGCUCGCCGCCGGUGCCUCUCCUCGCCUCGGCUUAUGGUCGGAGAACGGCGGCCUCCGAGGGCGAAGACGGCGGCGUCAGGAAGGCUGGAAGCGAGAAGACGACCACAGCUGACUUCGCUGAAGAGCGCGGCAGCCGGGGGAAGAAAAGUCCAGACAAAGAAGAGGGAGGCAAGAGAGCCUCGAAGGAGACUGGACGGUCGCGGGUGGAAGCUGGCGUCGCCGCCGCUGUCGAGACCAAGUUCAGAGAGUACGAGCAGGUCGUCUUGUCUCAGUACGCCGACGCGACGCUGACCCAAGUGAAGAUGCGGAGUUUCUUCAUCGCGCUCGCCACGCUUCUCGUCUUCUUCAUCAUAAAUUUCAUUCUCCAAAUCAACGUGCAGUGCCACAGAACGAAACACCGACUCAGUCGGAUGCAUGCGCUCGCCGCAGAGGUUGCUGAGCACUCGGAGAAACUUCAAGACGUCAGAGCGAACCCAGCCCCGUCCACACUGCACGCGCUCGAUCCAGCAAGCGAGAGGUUCUCCAGCGAUUCUGCGAGCUUGGUAAAAAUUGCGGAGAACCUCCCCUCGCUUCCAGGUCAAAGCAAAGAGACACGUCAAGCGCUCUCUUCGACGCAAGGGGAAGCCGCUUCGCCCUCUCCCCUACUGGGACCAGAGUCGAAAGCCGAGGAGGCAAACACCGGCGAGACGGUUUCGGAAACAGAGGCUCCGCUGCCUGUACAGCCGCUGCCGGCGGGACCGCAUGCAGACGAACGAACGGAGAAGGGUGAAGAUGCAGAAGAGCCGAACGUAGGGAAUCAAAAGAAGGCUGAGAAAGAAGGCUUUGCGUCCAAUCACGGUACCAAGAGUCCACCCCAAGACAACCCUCCACUCAUCGAGACUCAGUCCUCUUCUGCUCCCCCUCCUUCUUUUUCUUUUUCUCGUCCUUCUUCGUUGGAGAGCGAUUCGGAUUUGCGUGAGUUGGGUGGUGGAAUGGAACGUUCAGAGGCCGACGACUCCGCCGGUUCCCAGGAGGCUCCUCGGUCGCCUUCGUACGUGUAUUACAGAGACUUUUGGUUCUGGCGUCAACUGCUUGCGAGCUGUCUGCAAGACGCCGAACUGCAGCUGUCCGUGGCGUGGAUCGCCAUGCACGUCGCAGGAACGAUUUUCUGUAUGCAUGUAACGCGCGACGUCACCGAGUCGCUCAAGGCCACCGUGGAGGCCUUUCGACUCUUGUAGUAGAGGGGGUCUCAGUGUCUAGAGCAUUUCACAGCGUGUACACGAUCAAGUCCAGCACUCGCUGCAGCAUCCUGACCAACGGCUGGAAAGGGAUGAGCCUGACAGUCGACGGAAGUUCCAAAUUGCAGCUUCGCCAGGCGCCCGGCGAAUGCCCCAGUCCGUUGCCAGUGGACUGCAGACUUUUUCGCGUGAGAAAACACUUGGAAGCAUAUCUCGGAGAAUUUUCACCGUCUAGCUGAGUGCGCCGACGCCGGUGUUGCGCAUGCGUCUGGCAGAACUGACGGUCUUCGUGCUGGUCUCCGAUCCAAGAGAAAGGCUAAGCGGAAACAUCUCCGAAGUCAUUGUCUGAGUGCGUCUGCUCUGUGUUGCUGGGGCUGCGCACUCGAGUAGGUUUGUGUAGAUCUGUCACGCCCUGGAAGUCAGCUGCCUGUCUCUACUGCGACCGAUGCGGCUCUCCAAGUGUCUCUUUAUCAGUCGGCAUCUGGUUCGGAAUGCGCAGAAGAAGCAACGUUGUUGUCGUGAGUUCGCCCAGAGUGCCGGC